AGUAAUUUGUCCUCCCUUCUCUCUCUUUCGCCCCCCUUUACCUUCUCUACCUCUCUUCUCCUUUAUCUCAUGACUCCUCUUAGAGAGAGGAGAAGCUAAGGGUGGUGGGAGAGAAGAGAGGAGAAGCCAUGGAAGGCCAAAAGAGCCCGAGGUCCAAGCUAGCUCGGACUGCCUCUCUCCUCCGCUCCCCCACCCUCCGCUCCUAUCCCCACAGCCUCUCAACCUUGGCGGAAGAGGCCCCGGACGACGAGAAGCCCACCCGACCGCGCCACGCCGCCCGCUCCUCCCCUUCCUUCACCCCCUUCCUCCUCUCUCUCCCGUUGCUUCUCCUUCUCCUCCUCAUCUUCUUAAUUAAAGAUUUUUUUCCCUCCGAGAACCUCUUCCUCGCCUCGGCCGCUGUCGCCGUCGCAUCCGUGAUCGCCCUCUUGUGGAAAGUUUUCAGCUUUGGCCGCGCCGCUAGGCGGAGUGGCUCGGUCCAGUGGUUUAUCGGCGAUGAAGAUAGGAUUUUGAGGAAGGGGAGGGGGAGGAUUGGGAGGAUAGUGAGGGAACGAGUGGAGUUUUACGGCAAUGGGGAUGUGUUUGAGGGGGAGUUCCACCAGGGGAAGUGUAAUGGGAGCGGGGUGUAUAGGUUUUUCGGGAAGGGGGGGUAUGAGGGGGAUUGGGUUGAUGGGAAGUAUGACGGGUAUGGGGUCGAGAGCUGGGCGAGGGGGAGUCGAUACAGGGGACAGUACCGUCAGGGACUGCGGCAUGGUUUCGGGACGUAUCGGUUCUAUAAUGGCGAUGGCUAUGCCGGGGAGUGGCUCGGUGGGCAGAGCCAUGGGAGUGGAGUUCAGACUUGCUCUGAUGGUAGCUGCUAUGCGGGACAAUUCAAGUGUGGAGUUAAGCAUGGGCUUGGCUGCUACAGUUUCAGGAAUGGUGAUAGAUACAGCGGUGAGUACUUCGGAGACAAAAUUCAUGGUUUUGGAGUCUAUCGCUUUGCUAAUGGCCACUGCUAUGAAGGUUCAUGGCAUGAAGGCCGGAGACAAGGUUUUGGAACAUACACAUUCCGAAAUGGUGAGAUGAGAUCAGGGGAGUGGGACUGUGGUGUUUUAAAGACCCCACUCCUCCCAUCAGAUCUUUCAGUGCAACGAGCUAUUCAGGCUGCAAGAAAGGCUGCAGAGAAUGCUAAUCUCCUUCCCCGGGUAGACGACCAAGUAAAUAAGGCAGUCGCUGCUGCAAAUAGAGCAGCCACUGCUGCUAGGGUUGCUGCAAUCAAAGCUGUCCAGAACCAUAUGGAUGGAAAAUUUUGUGACCCAGAUGUGUAAGGUCAGGCGCCUUUUUUAAUUUGUAUGUUUUAUUUACUAGUUUAUAAGGUUGUCGGAGAGUUACCGAUCGGGCAGGCAAAUACCUGCCUGAUCUGAGUGAAAGAAGGAAGAUUGAGAGAGAAGAAACUGACAGCAGAUGCUUGGGGUCUGGUCUUACAGACCCACAUCCCUCCCAUGACUGUAAAAUGUACAUAUGAUUUGAAUAUGAGUCUCUCAGAGCUGCUUUGUUUGUUCACGCUCUCUUGUUUUCAA